UCUUUUCCAGUUCCUAUAUACUCACUUUACCCGUUGGCCGCUCUUCUCUUUUUCUCGACUCCGCGGCGUAGAUCCGAGGAGUUUGGGAAACCCUAAGCUGCUCUCCGAAACUAUUCCAAUCUUCGAUCAAUCACCUUUCUAUUGCAGCGUUUUCGCCUUCCUUUUUCUUCGAUCAACUUGCUACUUUCACUCUCAAAAGUCAUGGCGGCAACAGCACCUGAGGGAUCACAGUUUGAUGCUCGUCAAUAUGAUACCAAAAUGAAUGAAUUACUUUCAGCUGAUGGGCAGGAUUUCUUUGCAUCUUAUGAUGAGGUUUAUGAUAGUUUUGAUGCUAUGGGCUUGCAGGAGAAUCUCCUGAGAGGCAUUUAUGCAUACGGUUUUGAGAAGCCAUCUGCCAUUCAGCAAAGGGGAAUUGUUCCCUUCUGUAAGGGACUUGAUGUGAUUCAACAAGCUCAAUCUGGAACUGGAAAGACAGCAACUUUUUGCUCUGGAAUUUUGCAGCAACUUGACUAUGGCUUGAUGGAAUGCCAGGCUUUGGUCCUAGCGCCAACUCGAGAGCUUGCACAGCAAAUUGAGAAGGUUAUGCGAGCACUGGGAGAUUAUCUUGGUGUAAAGGUUCAUGCAUGUGUAGGAGGAACCAGUGUCCGCGAAGACCAACGCAUUCUCUCUAGUGGUGUUCAUGUUGUUGUCGGUACCCCUGGCCGCGUAUUUGAUAUGCUGCGCAGGCAGUCACUUCGGCCAGAUUGUAUCAAGAUGUUUGUAUUGGAUGAGGCUGAUGAGAUGCUCUCAAGAGGUUUCAAAGAUCAGAUUUACGAUAUAUUCCAGUUGCUGCCAAGUAAAAUUCAAGUGGGAGUUUUCUCUGCCACAAUGCCUCCAGAGGCCCUGGAGAUCACAAGGAAAUUUAUGAACAAACCUGUUAGGAUCCUUGUGAAGCGUGAUGAGCUCACCUUGGAGGGUAUAAAGCAGUUUUAUGUCAAUGUAGAAAGGGAGGAGUGGAAGCUGGACACACUGUGUGAUCUUUAUGAAACAUUAGCGAUCACUCAGAGUGUUAUUUUUGUGAACACCCGAAGAAAGGUUGAUUGGCUCACUGACAAGAUGCGAAGCCGAGACCAUACAGUAUCAGCAACCCAUGGAGAUAUGGACCAGAAUACUAGAGACAUCAUCAUGCGUGAAUUCCGUUCUGGUUCUUCUCGUGUUCUGAUCACAACAGAUCUCUUGGCACGUGGUAUUGAUGUCCAGCAAGUGUCCCUAGUUAUUAACUAUGAUCUCCCAACACAGCCGGAGAACUAUCUCCAUCGUAUUGGUCGUAGUGGUAGGUUUGGAAGGAAAGGUGUUGCCAUCAACUUCGUGACAAAGGAUGAUGAAAGAAUGCUGUUCGACAUCCAGAGGUUUUAUAAUGUGGUGAUAGAGGAGCUGCCAUCAAAUGUUGCUGAACUCCUCUAAUGAAUUUUGGUCUUGCAUUAGUAUUAGAACAUAGUUGGAUUCUGUUUGGUAAGUGAUGUAAUAUUUCUUUUUUGUUUUUUUUCCCUCCUUCCUGUUCAAUUUCUACUUGCAAACCUUAUUUAAUGGUUCUGGUAAUUUAAUUUAAAUUCAGUUGUCUGAAUGUCCACGAGAUAGUUCUUGCACUA